CCAAAAAAAAUUAUUAAAGUAGUACUCGAUUAUUUACGAUAAAUAAUCGAUUAUUAUCAGCUGUUGGAUGUCAAAUGUGUUGCAUGUUGUAUCAUCAUACUUCCAACAUCACUAACAGGCCGCAAGCAUGCUGGAAGUGUGCAUAGACAGCCUAGAGUCGGCUAUAAACGCCGUGCACGGUGGCGCGGAUGAGUUGGAGGUAUGCAGUUCACUGGCGGAGGGCGGCCUCACGCCUAGCGCCGGCCUAGUGAUGAGGGUCCAGGAGUUGGUAAAUAAAAUUGCUGCCAAUAAACCAAUUACUGCGACAUGUCCUCCGGACUGCUACUGCGCCCGUAGACUGAAACCAAAAGUGAACGUUAUGAUCCGCAGCCGCACUGGCUCUGACUUCUGCUAUUCAACCGAAGAAAUGGACACCAUGCUCAGCGACGUGCAAACACUGAAGUCACUUGACGUGGACGGCUUUGUCUUCGGAGCCCUGACUGCGACCCAGCACAUUGAUCUUGACAACUGCAAAAAGAUCCUUGAAUUGGCGAAACCUAUACCUUGCACGUUUCACAGAGCUUUUGACGUUUGCCGAGACCCCAUGGACACAUUUAAUGACAUAAUCAACCUUGGGUUCCACAGGCUGCUAACCAGCGGUCGACGGCCAUCGGCUGGGGAUGCUGAAGCUAUUGAUUUUAUAAAAGGAUUGUUGAAAGUUGCGGAUAGCAGAAUAGAGAUCAUGCCAGGCGCGGGGGUCAGUGCUGGUAACGCUAAAGUUUUUAUCGAUAUUGGAUGCACGAUAGUCCACAGCUCGUGCAAAGUGCGCCGAGACCUGCCGAGGCCGGAGUUUGGUCUCGCAAUGGGCACCAGUGACAGCGAGUGCCUUUACGUCACUGAUGAAGGAUUGGUUAAAAGCCUCAAGAAUGUUCUGUGUGGUUCGGAUUGGUAGCGUUGUAUACUUAUAACUACACAUUCCUAAAGAUCACAUACAUUUACCGAACCUAAGUUAUAUCAAUAAAAUACCUAAGUAAGUACCUACUUGAUAUAAAGUACAUACUUACUAACCUUUU